AUGUUCAGGCAUUCAUCAACAUAUUUUUCAUGUCGCUUGAUGCAUACAACGAUUUCUUAUAAUUUCUUACUAAAUAGUAUCAUAAUAUUGGUUCUUCCGCUACUAAAGAAAGCACCAUUACUAUACUGCCAAUAUACAGCAAUUGCUUUGUGUAUUCUUUCGUUUAUUUCGUCUGCAACAUUCCAAUAUUUCUUAAAUUGCAGAUCAAUGUUGAUUUACAAUCUGGAACCGAUGGCAAUAAUAAAGAACUACAGUCCAUCACGAAUUUUGCUUUAUCUCUCAAUUUUGGAGCAAAAAAAUUAUCAAAUUUCUGAAGAAUUGAUUUCAGCGAUUUACAAAGAAUGUCCGAACGCAAAUGACUUACAUUUGUAUUUAUUCAAUCAUACAGUUCGUUACGACAUGGAAUUCCAGUAUAAUCCUUUAUUAUUACACUGUAUGAUGCAGAAAGCUCAUAAUGACAUAUUAUUCCAGGUUUCCUUGUUGUUGGUACUUGAUUUCGCCAGCCGUUCUGAUAUAAAAGACUGUUCUUCAUUGAAAAAGCUUCAUUUCAUUGAAAGGCUUGAUUACACGAAGAGUUGUGCUUCCAAUUUCUGGAAUUAUGUCCUCAACGAUAUGUCCAUGGCCGCUUCAACCGUUUUCUUCAAAUUGUACCGAAAUGCAGAUUUAUUUGAGAAGUUUUAUAACAGUUUAGAUGAAACUGAGAAGAAUAACUCAUUCUAUAAGAUAUUAUACAUAGAAUAUGCAAAAUUAAUCGGUGCAAGAUACGAAUCUAUAAAAGAUCUCGAAAUUUCAAUAGAAAAGGAAGGAAAUGUUGAGUCAUCUUGGAUCAGACCAUUCGAUGGAGUGUUUGAAGAUAAUAAAUUGACCCUUUUUGCUAAUCAAUUUGGUCAAUUUAAAUAUGAAACCGGCCAAAAGUUCAUAAAACCAGAAAGAGUGAAAAGAGCAAAACAUGGUAACGAUAUAGGUACUAGAUAUACCGUUCUGCAGGAUAUAUUCUCAUUCCUGACCUUAAUUAUACCUCUUAUUUUUAUGUUAAUUUCAGGAACCCUGUUUUUCGUUUAUUAUUCUAAAAUGUUGGAAGACAAACCAUAUUCAUUCAAUGCCUGCCCUGCAAUGCUCUCAACAAUGGAUACUUUCUUCUGGGAUGUAUUUUUGAAUUCGACCCAACAGACUUUGGCCCGACCAGUCUUCAAAGAAUCGUAUGAGGAAUUCAUUAAUACGACUCUUGAACAGGUUGUUCAACAAGAAUUGUACGAUAAUCACUUUAAAUCCGGAGUAAUUCAAAUUAGCCAAUGGAUGACGAAACUUUUGAAUAUACUGCCUUAUAAAGUGUUCGAAGACAUAGCAAAAACCGAUGAAUUUGUCAACAUUACGAUGACAUUUAUAAAUUUGUCAAUUGAUUCAAUGGAAUUGGGUUAUACAUACUUGACCAAUCUACAAACAGUGUUAGAGAAAGGAAAGAAACUGAUUCAAGAAGUCAAUUUAAUAUUUUUAUACGUAAUAGCCUUUGUUGUUGUAGUUGUUGCUAUUAAUUACAUUGUUCUUUACUACAAGUACAAGAAUAUGUUCACACAGCUUCUUUUAAUCAAGAAACAAAUCGUUAAUAAAUUAUAUAAACUUAUUAACGAGCCGCAAUUCAAUUCCAGUAAGAAAAUACAAACAACUGAUAUCUCAACAAUAUCUUUCUUCACUACAUGUAUCGUUGUUCAUGGCGCUAUUUUGCUGAUUACGCUUAUCGCAUGUUAUCUUUGGAAUUAUUUCUUAAUUAAAGAGCUUGAUGAUGUUUCCAAGAAGUACAGAUACGCUUUACAAGCCGAUUUCUUCCCAACUGUCAAAGUAACUUCAUUAUAUGCGAUCGGAACUUUGAAUCAGAACAGCCAAACAGCAUCAAUCCUUACUGAAUGGCUUAGAUUCACUGCAUUCUUGGCACGUACCAUCGCAGGAAUCAGAACGAACAUGACAAUUCAGCCAACAAACGAAACAGGUAAAUUACCACCGAAUUUCAUGGUAAGAACAAAAUACGGAGAUAUAUUAAAGCUAUCUAGUGAAGAAGAUAGUGUCCAUUUCUUAACAAUCCUCGCUUCAAUUUAUGAUCUCAUAAAUGAUUUGCUCGACAACACAAAAUUAGAGGAUUAUAACAUGAGUUACAUGCAGCUCCAUGCAUUGAACGUAUACAAUAACGAUACUUAUCGUUUUUGCCAGAUGAAUAUUAAAUCUUGGGAAUGGGAGUCUGGUUUGACAUAUUUUACCUUAGGAGUAUUUAUUUUUGUGAUGAUUGUCAUGUUAGUUGUUCUUCUAUUUCUUUUCCGAUAUUUUUAUAAUUUCAGAUGUGCAACGAUUUACUUCUUUAGGAUGAUAAAUGCUGUUCCCGAUGAAAGCCCAUUCGAUGAUGGUACCCAAAUGACCUUGUUUAAGAAACCUUAUCGAACUUUGAUGAGUAGAGUUCUCGAAACGAUGCCGGUAGGUAUCGUAACGACCAAUAAAAACGGUGUAAUUUUGGCCGCAAACGAUGAAGCCGUUAAAAGAUUCCCAGAAUUUAUUAAAAAUGGAAUUAAACUGAAUACCGACCUUUUGCAGUCAUUUACUAAUGCAAAUGGCGAGACAACAUAUUAUGAGGUUACUACGGCUCCUUCCAACGUUUAUGGCUUGAGUUCGAUUAAUCCGAGAUUCACCGGCCAAUUUACGACGAUUAUCAAGGACAUAACCAUGGUAAAUAAUUUAGACAACACAGUUAACUCUAUUUCCAGAGAUUUGGAGAAACUUCGCGAUGAAGUUUUUCCAACUCCUGUUUCCAACAUGAGGGAUUCGUGUGUUUACUUGGAGAACAUGAUUGUUGUAGAUAUUGCAUUCCCUGAAACCGCAACAAUUCAAGAAAUUGAAGAAUUUGGAAUUUAUGCGAAAGAAUAUGCAGAACAAACAACAACUUUCUUCACAAGCAACACUUUCCAAUGGUCCUUCUCAUUUAUGUUCACUGCUUAUGAAUCUAUUGUUAGAGAAAGACAAAAUUACCAAGAUGCUGUCGAAUUUACAAAACAGAUCUUCAAGAAGCGCCAGGAUGUAAAAGUAGGAAUUGCUACAGCUGAUGGUGGCUUCUGUAUCAUAAAUAAAACAAAUUUCCCAGGAGUUUUAGUUUAUUCAACAGCAAUGACCACUGCAUGCUGUCUUACGAGAUUUGCAAAGCCAGGAGGUGUUGCAAUUGAGUGGCAUGCUCUGAUGAUGAUUUCUGACAUUGAUGCAAAUCCAGAUUCAGUCAAAAGAGAAAAUUUGUCAGGAAAGGAUGUUGAUUUCUGCAUAUUUGAUAAUAUAACUUCGUUCACUCAGAAAACAUUAUAA